UCGGUUGUGAAGUUACUUUUGUCGAGCUCCAAGAGCUUGUCUAGUAUAGGAUGUAUCCAGUAGCAGUGGUGACUGGGUCCAAUAGAGGAAUCGGUCUGGGGUUUUGUAAAGCGUUAUUACAGAAGAAUGUACACGUUAUAGCAACUGCUCGAAACUCGGUAAAGGGUUCCAACGUAGUGGCUGAUCUACAAAGAGAAAGUCCGAAUUUUCGUUUUUUUCCGUUAGACCUUCUCAGUUACGAAAGUAUACAACGUUUUUUAUUGUUUUUGGAGGACAACUAUAGACAGCUUGAUAUUCUUGUCAAUUCUGCCGCGGUCUGUCCACAACGUUCAGAUCUUUUUGCUUUACAGGAGAGCUUACAGACCAAUUUCUGGGGUUUGAUCUAUCUGACCUUGCAACUCUUUCCACUUAUUGAGAGAGCUGGAAGCGCUCGUAUUCUCAAUGUAUCCAGUGGAGACGGGGAACUUUGUUAUUUUUCCACAGCUCUUAGUUCAGCCAUUCGUAACUGUUUCACACUCCACAUGCUUGUGGAUUUCUCCUAUGGUCUUUGUGCUUCACAGACAACUUUUGGUAAAGUGUUGAUUUGUCGCUCUUGUUCAUGAAGUCCAAUUUUUUAUAUUAAAUAUAGGAUACCCUGAUCUA